UACCUCGUUUAUUCUCACUAACAAUCGAUAUGUUAUAUAAUACAACCGAAUUAAGUGAUAUCGAUCAAUUAAUUUUUGCAUUGCCAAAGCUGAAAUAUCUCAAAUGUUCAGCUGAAGAUUCUGAUAUAAACGUUUCACUACCAUUUUCUCUCAAAGGUCAAUUCAGUACUAUUGAAUAUCUUAUUAUUAAUCAUUCUUGUAGUUUCAAUGAACUUUCGGCUAUAUUAUCUUAUACACCUCAACUUUGUCCUUUGAAUUUUGCACAUACAAACCAUAAUAAUUCAAUCAUUGCAAACCUAUUACCAAUAAGAUUAUCAAAUUUAACGUAUAUUUCUUUAAAUGCAUAUUAUCUAAAAUUUGAUGAAUUUACAAUGUUCAUUGAAAACUUAGAUUGCAAAUUAAAAGUUUUACAUUUUACUACUUGGUCUGAAGAUAUGACUUAUCUAGAUGCAUAUCAACUGGUUGAAAAAAUUUUUUUUCAUGCAGAGUCGAUAAAAAAUACAUCAUUCGAAAGAGCUUAA